UUUCACAUCAACUCAUUUUCUCUCUCUCUCUCUAACUCAUUUUCUCUCUCUCUACACACAUAGAUACACACACUCCUUUACCCUAAAGUUAUCUCCUUCUUGUGUUAAGCGAAAACCCUAGACAGACGUUUAUUCUGAUCCAUUUCUUGCUCAAAAUAACGCGUUCUAACUGAUUCGGCGUCUCGGAUUUUGCAGAUAUUCGAGUUUCUUGAUUUCUCUCCGUUGGAGCUUGUGGAGGUGAAUUUUCAGGCUUUCUCUUUCGGGUAAAUUCGACAACUUUAAAGAGGGUUUUGUUGUUUAAAUCUUGGAGGUCAAGGUCUCAUGAGAAUUGUUAGGGGAAUGCAGAGAUCGGUUCACGAGGAGCAGAGGGCAGUGGUCUGGAACAAAUCAUUCGGCCGAGGGAUCGGCGUGACUGCGCCCAAGGCUAGGACGCGCGGCAAAUUGAAAAUUAGCGUUUCUUUUCUCUAAUUUUGGGUUAUCUUGGAGGAAGAAUUAGAGCGAAGCUUUCAGGUUGAAGAAUAAAGAUGACUCGGAUUUUGAUUCAGCGGGGUUCUGCGGGCUCGUCGUCCAACCCAAACAGGUCUUCAUCUUUGCCUGGUUCUUCUUCGGCUACGCCUCAGCAUCAGGUUACUUCUACUCAGGUUGCCUCAACAGUGAAAGACGAUGAAGUGGGAGAGGAAGUGCUAGAACAGGUUGUUGCGGAUGAUCUUUCGGAAUGUUCUGGUAGUGAUGACAAUAAGGCAUCAAAGAGUGAUGAUCUUUCACCGGAGAGCGUUCACUGUGAUCGGAAUGAUGAAGAAGUUGUUGAUAGCGAUAAAGUUGGGAAAUUUGAUGUUGCGGUUUCAGGGGAUUUAAGGAAUGAGUUAGGUGGGUUGCGAAUAACAGAGCGAUUCAGCGAUUCAGGGAUGGUUACUGGCAGUUCGUAUCCACCACCACCUCCUGUUCCACCCCCGAAACCUUCCUCUACUAAUUCAAAUUCAAGGAGAUUCGUGUCGGGUAGUUCAAAUGCUGUUAGGAUUGGAUCAUCCAGAAGAGCAGCUGCAUGGCCUGUCGUUCCGGCUAGAACUUCAACUGGGUCUCGGCCUUCUUCUCCCAGGUCUCAUUGUGAAAGUGAGGGUUACAAUAGCGCUGAUGAGCAGAGCCCUUGCUUUGGGGCCUCUUUUGAUGAUGCAGAGAGAGAACGCCAGUUUGAGAUUGAUAUACGACGUGCAAAAGGUUUAGAAGUGAAAAGAAUGUUGGAGGAUGGGAAUUGCCUCUUUCGUGCUGUUGCGGAUCAAGUUUAUGGGGACUCCGACGUUUAUGAUUUGGUUAGACAAAUGUGCAUAGAUUAUAUGGAGAGGGACAGAGAUCACUUCUCUCAAUUUAUAACGGAAGGUUUCACAUCUUAUUGCAAGAGGAAAAGAAGAGAUAAGGUUUAUGGAAACAAUGUGGAGAUUCAAGCCAUGUCCGAAAUGUAUAACCGGCCCAUCCAUAUUUAUUCGUAUAGCACAGAACCUAUCAACAUUUUUCAUCAAAGCUACAACACUGAAACUCCUCCCAUUCGACUAAGUUAUUAUCACGGGAAUCAUUACAACUCACUUGUUGAUCCGCGACGAUUAACUAUUGGUGCAGGACUAGGAUUUAGUUGUCUGCAGGGGACAAACGUUGAUAAAGAUCAGGUCAAGGCUGCUAUCAGAGCUCAACAAGACCAACAGAUUGACAAUGCACUUCUAGCCGAGGGGCGGCUUUACUCUGAUGUGGAACUUACUGAGAAGGAAAUUGAACGCAUGGUGAUGGAAGUUUCACGGGCUGAGUAUCUUGCUGGCGACAAGUUUAAGCAGCAGUUUCAUGGGAAAGAAUAUACUGCGUCUGAUGCUGAACCGUCAUCCUCUGGAGCUAGGUCCUCUGUCAGUGAAACUAAGCUCGAAAGUGGGAGGGAGCAUAGCUUGCCGGAUACUGUCCUUAGCAGCAGCAUGCAGAUGGUUCUGUCAAUGGGGUUCAGCUAUCUGCAGGUGAUUGAAGCUUAUAGCCUAUUUGGGGAUGAUGUUGAUUCUGUGGUUUGUUACCUGUUGGAGACUGGCAGUAGACGCAAAGGCAAGGCAACUGAAUGAUUUAAACGCAGUGGUAAAUGUGGAGUGAUUAGAGCAUAUCUGAUUCUAGCCUAUAAUUGUAAGAAAAACAUAUCUUUAGAACAUAAUGCUUUUGUAACUUUAAAUAUAUAGUACUUAUUUCCAAUUUAAUAAGAUGGAUAUGGUAGUUUAUGUUUUAA